GGGCAGCCGCCCCCAUGUGUUGCUCUCUCUCUUGUUGAAUACCAAACAGAGUGUUAUCUGCAUGUGUGAGAGUGUGAGAUCGGUGUUAUCGGUGUGAGAGAGAGUGCGAAAGUGUGUGUGUGUGUGUGUGUUUGAUCAGUUUGAGAUCAGAUAUCAGUAUUAGAUCAACUCGAGAGAUUUUACAGUCUGUAUAAUCAGAGUCAGUAUUGAUCUGUUGGAGGAGUUAAAGCUGGAUUAUCUCUGUGAUUGAUAGAUUGAUUGAUUGAUUGAUUAGUGGUGAGUAUGUUUAAUCAGGGCAGCGCGAGGAUGUUCAGCAGGUGUGUGCAGGUGUUGAGGCGGAAGCUGCAGGUGAGUCAGGUCAGGUAUUUAUCAGACCGCGGGUUUAAUGUUCCUCCGAGCGCGGAGUUCGUGGCUCGGGUCUCCGGGAUCGCGACUAUGGGGAAGCUGCCGUUUCAGAGCAGCGCCGCGGGGCUGGACGCCGCGUUUAUCGGAGUUCCGAUCGAUACCGGAACCUCCAACCGACCCGGAGCCAGGUUUGGUCCUCGGCAGAUCCGCUCGGAGUCGUUCAUGUUGAGAGCGUAUAACAGCGCCACCCGAGCAGCUCCGUACGAGUCUCUGAUGGUUGCAGAUAUCGGCGAUGUGAACGUGAACCUGUACGAUCUUAAAGAUACCUGCAGGAGGAUCCGCGAGACGUACCGCGAGGUCCUGCAGACCGGCUGCAUCCCCCUCACCAUGGGAGGAGAUCACACCAUCGCCUACCCCAUCCUACAGGCUGUAGCAGAAAGGCACGGCCCGGUGGGUCUGGUUCACGUGGACGCUCACGCGGACACCGGGGACACGUCUCUGGGGGAGAAGAUCGGUCACGGCACGCCGUUCAGACGCUGUGUGGAGGAGGGGCUUCUGGACUGUGGGCGGGUCGUUCAGAUCGGACUCAGAGGAACCGGAUACUCUCCGGAUAACUACGCCUGGAGCAGAGAGCAGGGGUUCCGGGUGGUUCAGGUGGAGGAGUGCUGGUACAGGUCUCUGGUGCCGCUGAUGGAGGAGGUCCGGGAGCAGAUGGGGUCGGGGCCGGUGUAUCUGAGUUUUGAUAUAGACGCUCUGGAUCCUGGGUUCGCUCCGGGAACAGGAACACCUGAGAUCGCAGGACUCACACCUGUUCAGGGUUUGGAGAUAAUCCGAGGUUGUCGGGGUCUGAAUCUGGUUGGCUGUGAUCUGGUGGAAGUUUCUCCACCGUACGACACUACAGGGAACACGGCUCUGACUGCAGCGAACCUGCUGUUUGAAAUGCUGUGUGUUCUUCCCAAGAUUAAAUACUACGAUUAAAUAAAGCAAUGUGUGUGAA